GUGAUGACCCACUGACCUUAUGUUCUGUCCUUGCUCUGGGAUCUCGCAGUUUCCAGGUGGAGGUGAUACCUACCUGACCAUCAGUGACUCCAGCCACCCCUUUCUCAGCGGCGCAGAGACCUUCCACACCCCGAGCCUGGGGGAUGAGGAGUUUGAGAUUCCCCCGAUCUCUUUGCCGCUGGAGUCUGACCCGUCUCUUGCUGUCACCGACGUGGGCUGUCACUUUGACCUGAGUGACCCGUCCACCUCCCAGGACAAUGGCUUCUCAUCCCAGUUUACCUCCGCCCCCCUGGAGCUGCCCAUGACCCUCUCCCAGGGCGUCAUCGACCAGAGCGGAGCCCUCAUUAGCACCCUCUCCAUGGAGUUGGAACAGUCAGUGUCAGCUCCAUGUCGACAGGAACCCCCUCUCACCAUGAGUAUCUCACUGGGCGAUACCAGCCGUGGUCUCUACACUCACAGCCAGCUCACCACCAUCGACCACACUGAGCUGAGCUCCCAACUCGGCCUAACGCUGGGCAGUAACACCAUGCUAUCCCAGACUCACUCGCCAGAACAAUGUACCUCAGCAACUCCAUCUCCAGCCAGCUCGAUCCAGGAGGAGGACUUGGAGGAUGUCAGGAGG